ACCAGUUUUUAGUAAUACCAAAAUGUCCUCGGAACGCAAACUUAAAUUACCUAAGCUUCCAAAAAUACCAAAAAUAUUAAAAAAGAAAAAAACUCCAAGUGUUGAAAUGACGACCAACCGACCUGAAAUUAGUAAUACCGUUUCUGAGCCUGAUCUCGAAAAAAAGUUUGCUGAAAACCUGAGUUUGAAGGACUCAUCUGACCUCAAGGAUGAAAAACAAGAGAACACAGCUUCAGAAACUAAAUCCGGAGAGUCUAUUAGUACGGAAUUCACUUCAAAAUCGGUAGCAAAUGUUGAAGGUGACAUCGAAACCUUUGCAGUAAGACUAGGACUCGAUAAAUUCACAAAAAAUAAAGAUGAGUGGAAGAAAUUUUAUAUCUUCGCUGGUUCAGAUUUCGUUUGGCCUCAACCCCCGACGGACAUUAAUGAGCGUCGCUUAAUUUUUGAUUAUGUCAUCGAUCCAGAUUGGGAUCCAAUCGGAAAGGAACUCGCCACAAAUGCACUUGAAUAUCGUCGUUUACUCGAAUCCGACACUCUUGAUCCAUCACAGGGUACACAUAUUUUAAUCGUUCAUGGGAAAUUUGUUAGGUACGGAUCAAGUAAAGAAGAAAAGAAAAUGAGGGAGGAUUAUCCGGGGUGCUAUUACGUACCUGUUAAAGAACGUAUUGUUGAAUUGCGUAGAUUUUCAGUAUCUGAUGCUAAUACAAAUGCAGGUGCAGAGAAAGAGUGGCAGGUGCAUAUUCGUCUUCGAAAUGUAGUAAAUGCCCGGGAUGAAGCGGGAAUGGCAAAUGUAGAGCAAGGUUUCCGAAUGAUAAUUGAUACAGGCGCAGCAACGACUGUAAUCCCAUACUUUAUAAGAAAAAAGCUAUAUAGUGCUCAAGAUGGUUGGAGUCCAAAUCCUAGUAGAGCUGAUGGAUAUGGUGCUGGCGCAAAAAUGUUUCAGGCUUCAAGAGAUUGGUACAUUUGCUUAGGUGAUGGGAUCAACUGGUCUGGUUGGGUUAGGACAAACGAAAUUCAUUCAUGGCAAAGUAAUCCAGCUGGUGUCACAUGUGGUGUAAUUGGUUACGAUGUUCUUAAUAAUAUUCCGCAUUACAAACCCUAUAGGCAACCCUACGUAUUUCUUAAAAACGAUAUUUUCGGCCAAAUACCACAAUUACAAGGAUCGGAAUGA